UCUCCGCCUCUCGCUCUCUCGCUCCUUUGUGGAAAGAACCCCCAAAAGGGCAAAAAGAUAAUAAUUUUUUUUUUUUAAAAAAACAAGAAACUAGGGAGAAGAAGAUAAAAUUGUGGGGAGAUUGGAGAGCAAUGGCGUUGAGAUUGGCUUUCAGAGUCGAGCCCUUCCUUUGCUUCUAUCCACCGAAGAGCAGAAGGAAUGGCCAUGUCUCCAGAUCUCCAACGGUUUCUAUGGCUUCCACCAUUGGAUCCUCUUCUUCCACCGCUAAGGUUGGGAGUCAGAAGAAAUCCUUCAGUCCUCCGAAAGAGGUGCACGUUCAGGUCACUCAUUCAAUGCCACCUCAAAAGAUAGAAAUCUUCCAGAGCUUGGAGGAUUGGGCUGAGAACAACAUCUUGGUCCAUCUGAAGCCGGUUGAGAAGUGUUGGCAGCCUCAAGAUUUCCUACCAGAUAUGUCGUCUGAGGGAUACGAAGUUCAGUUGAAUGAACUGAGAGAGCGGGCUAAGGAGCUUCCGGACGAUUACUUUGUUUGCCUUGUUGGGGAUAUGAUCACUGAAGAGGCUCUGCCUACUUACCAAACGAUGCUCAACACCCUUGACGGGGUCCGAGAUGAGACAGGUGCAAGCCCUACUUCUUGGGCUAUUUGGACACGGGCAUGGACUGCUGAAGAGAACCGACAUGGGGAUCUUCUUAAUAGGUAUCUCUACCUUUCAGGGAGAGUCGAUAUGAGACAAAUUGAGAAGACUAUCCAAUAUCUGAUUGGCUCAGGCAUGGACCCUAGGACUGAGAACAACCCCUACCUCGGCUUCAUCUACACCUCCUUCCAAGAGCGAGCAACCUUCAUAUCUCAUGGCAACACAGCCCGUCAUGCCAAGGAGAAAGGAGACCUGAAGCUCGCCCAGAUAUGCGGCAUCAUCGCCUCUGAUGAGAAACGGCACGAAACAGCCUACACAAAAAUUGUCGAGAAAUUGUUUGAGAUCGACCCAGAUGGCACGGUCCUCGCGUUUGCUGACAUGAUGAGGAAGAAGAUCUCCAUGCCUGCCCACCUCAUGUAUGAUGGCCGCGACGAUAACCUCUUUGAGCACUUCUCCUCCGUCGCCCAGCGACUGGGUGUCUAUACCGCCAGGGACUAUGCUGAUAUCCUCGAGUUUCUCGUGGAUCGGUGGAAGGUGGGGGAGUUAACGGGGCUCUCGGGAGAAGGGAAGAAGGCUCAGGACUAUGUCUGUACGUUGGUGCCGAGGAUAAGGAGGUUGGAGGAGAGGGCAGCAGGGAGGGCUAAGCUGAAGCCUAAGGUUCCUUUCAGUUGGGUGUUUGAUAGGGAAGUGCAGCUUUGAUUGAGGUCUUUUCAAGGGAGUUGUUAUCAGUUUUGGGUUUUCAUUGCUUAGGGUCUUAGUCCAUGUGUAAGUUGUAUUGUUCUUUGGGGAGAAGGCGGGGGGAGAUGAUAUUUGGGGGGGUGAGGGCUGUAGAUACAUAAAUAUUAUAGUCUUUGAGGAGCAGAGGUAAGGUUUGAGGUGGUGUUAUUCAUGUGUAAGUUUAGUACUCUGUUGACGAGUAAAUGUUUAAAGUGGUUUCUUAAAUCUCUCCUGCCAAAUAAUGGUAAUUAUUUUAGCUCU